AUGGAUCCAGAAGAGGCAUCCAAAAAGGAUGGAGUUCCUAUGGAUAUUUUCGAGAUUUUUUAUACAAAUCACAUCAUGGUACUAGUAGGACCCGAAGCAAAGAUUCCUGAUGGAGGAAGCUCUGUAGCUGGGGGAGGGGAGGGAGCGGGGCCUCUUCAAGGUGAUGAAGCUGACCUCGAGGAAGUGGAGGGCGAUCGUCAGGAACGUCAAGAUGAUGUGGAGCAGCAAAAUGGUGAAACAACCUCUGCAGCUGGGGGAGGGGAGGAAGCGGGGCCUCUUCAAGCUGAUAAAGCUGACCUCGAGGAAGUGGAGGGCGAUCGUCAGGAACGUCAAGAUGAUGUGGAGCAGCAAAAUGGUGAAACAACCUCUGCAGCUGGGGGAGGGGAGGAAGCGGGGCCUCUUCAAGCUGAUAAAGCUGACCUCGAGGAAGUGGAGGGCGAUCGUCAGGAACGUCAAGAUGAUGUGGAGCAGCAAAAUGGUGAAACAACCUCUGCAGCUGGGGGAGGGGAGGAAGCGGGGCCUCUUCAAGCUGAUAAAGCUGACCUCGAGGAAGUGGAGGGCGAUCGUCAGGAACGUCAAGAUGAUCUCGUUGACCAGCAUGACAACGACAGUCCAGGAACGUCUUCCAUAGGGGUUCAUCCAAGCAAUGAUUCACUACAAGUUAAAAGUGAUAUCCUGCUGUCUGGGGCGAAGAAGAUUAAAAUUUUCGUAGAGAGACUACCCGAAAGCGAAACUCAGAUGUUCUCAUCGGCAGGAAAUGUCAAUCAACUCCUCCAAGCGAAACCAAUCCAGAAGAUGAAGCCACAACCUCGUGUAUUUAAAGAAAUAGCUAAACUGCGUGCAAACAACAUUCUUCUCGAAGCGCGUAUAAAGAAGUUGGAGCAAAACUCCUUCAGUAAUCCAGCCCAGAGCAGCCGAAAGCGGUCUAGUGUUGUGGAAGUGGACAGUGAUGACAGUGAAAACGUUUUUCACAGCAAAAGACCUACUUCAACGAAUAAAAGAUUUCGAACAUCAACACGUCCAGGCGACGAGAAGGACAAGAAGAUGAAGAAGAAGAAGGAAACCGUCACUGAGAAAGUGAUCCGAAAAAAGUUAAACCAAGAAACCUGUGAGAAAUUUUCGGGUCAUAGUGAACAGGAAUUAGUGAACCUCUUAAUUCAACUUCCCCGUAUGAAAGAGAGACUCAAGAAGUUGUUGGAUCUGAGAUUUUCAAAAGCAGAACGUCUCGAUCGCAGCAUCAGUAACCGAGGAUCGAGAAUAAUAUACAAGAUAAUGCCAAGGGACGACAUAAGCCAUAUGGAGCCAAAAAGCAUGAUGACAGAGAACCAGUGGAGACUACUGGUGGAGUGGCAUGAGCAGAAGCUUCUCGCCAAAAAGCCUCCCAUCAUGCCCAAAAUCUAUGAGGAGCAACCACCAAUUACUGCCGAGGUGAGUGAGAUGAGCAAAGGUGAGGAGAGCGACGGUGAGAACGGGGAAGAUGGUGAGAACGGUGAGGACGGUGAGAAAAGUAAAGGUGCGUCGGCUGAACAAGGUGCGGGACAAGCGGCAGCAAUUGAGACUCUCAAAGCAGGUAAAAGUAAACCUCAGAUUACAAAAAUCGGGUACGUGGAGCCUCAAGUUAAAAUAAGAUCCACGUUACAAAACCACCCGACAAAUCCAAUGAAAUACCACGCGAGCAAACCAAGAACUGAAAUUCCAGUGGAAAGCAGACUUGAAUCGGUGUGCUCGAAACUUGAUGCUGUGACCAACACACUCGCGAAAGUUUUGAAUAUUCAGACCAACACGAGUGGCUGGAUACUAGACAGCAUCAAGGAAAUGAGAAAAGAGAUGAGCGAGAUGAGAAACCGCCGGGAUGACGGGCUCUCCCGUAUCGAUGACGGAACGGAGAGUCCGCUGAAGGCUGAAACUGAGGACCCUGGUAGAAAGGUGAGAAAUGGGUCAGAUUUACCAGAUGAUGGCCAUGAUUUAGAUGAGGAUGAAAAAUUAGAAGCAAGAAUUGAGAAUAUUAUCAAAGACAAUGGGAAAAUCUGA